AACUCAGUUAACGUUUUUCUCUUAGGCUCGAAGGUUCUUAGCAUCCCAUCAUGAAGUUGCUGCUGAUCCUGGUUGUGCUUGCUGCUCUGACCGCCAGUUCUCUGGCUCUGAACGACGAUAUCUGUAAUCUUCCGCAUUCGCAAAGAGGCCUUUGCAGGGCAGCCUUGCGCAGAUGGUCUUACGAUGCGGCGAACAGGGUAUGCACAAGGUUCCUCUACGGCGGCUGCGGCGGCAACGCCAAUCGCUUCGAGUCCCAGCGGGAAUGUGAGGCAACCUGCAUGGAGUAAACUUGAGCAAUAAAUGAGUCAGUAAUACUGGUUAAAUGUGUGCAAUGUAUACCUUUGUGAUAGCC